AUGAAGUACCUCGCACUCACCCUCAGCACCCUCCUGACCCUCACUGUCUCUGUGUCUCUCCCAAAAGAAAUGACCGAAAAUCCCGCCUACGUCCUCCGCAAACGACAAGAAACCGGUUUCCAAACACACUCCUGCGCCAUCGUCGGUGAUGGCAAUGCCUUCUGCCGUACCUGUGACAAGAAGAGCUGUAAAUCAGUCAAGACUCUGACACAUGGGAAGAAAUAUAACUUCGAUUGCGUGUGUCGAAGUGGAGAGUGUGUAGAUGGACUUUGUGGAUGGGAUUACGCUUAUGAGUAUGACUGCUGGGUUUGGGCUGGACGAACUGAUGACAACUGCCCCACGGCCGGUGCUCAUGGUUUGACAGAGUGUGCAUACUGCAAGAGAUGA